AUGAAUCGCGACCACGAGUCCAAGCCGAGUUACACCGAGGAGCUCGAGAAGCCCGGUGUCGAAUAUAACGAGAAUGAGAAGGCAGAUGCCUCCCUCAGGGCUGAGGCCAUCAUGGCCGAGAAUGCCGAGCACAGCAUGACCGUGCUGGAGGCCGUCAAGGCAUACCCCAUGGCUUCAUUCUGGGCUUUUGUCUUUUCUUGCACAAUUAUCAUGGAAUCUUAUGAUGUCUUCCUCAUCGGUAACUUCGUCGCUCUUCCCGCUUUCAAGCUCAAAUUCGGUGUGCCCGCCGAAGGACAGCAAUACGGUGUCAUCGAAACCAAGUGGCAGUCUGCUCUUCAGGUUUCCGGGCAACUCGGUGCUCUUAUCGGUGUCUUCGUCGCUGGUCCCUUGACCUCUCGCAUUGGCUACCGCUACGCUACCCUUGUCGGUCUCAUGCUCCUGAAUGCCUUCAUCUUCAUCUUCUACUUCGCAAACUCGCUUCCCGUCAUCUUUGCUGCUCAGAUCCUCGAGGGCAUCCCGUGGGGAAUCUUCAUCGCCAACGCUCCCGCCUACUGUUCUGAGAUUGUUCCUCUCAGACUUAGAGCUCCCGCUACUCAGAUGCUGCAGAUGUUCUGGGCCAUUGGCAGUAUCAUUGUCGGUGCCGUCACUUACGUGUACAACACCCAUCUCGACGAGAACGCAUACAAGAUCCCAAUCGCUCUCCAGUGGUUGUUCCCCACCCCUCUCGCCAUUCUCAUCUGGUUCGCCCCCGAGUCUCCUUGGUGGUUGACCCGCAAGGGCAAGUACGAGCAGGCGGCACAUUCGGUUGAGCGUCUUGGUCGCAGAUCGGCCGUCAACUCUGCUGACCAAGUUGCCAUGAUGCGUCGUGUUAUUGAGAUGGAGGAGUCAGCAAAGAAGCCCAGCUAUAUCGAACUCUUCAAGGGCACCGAUCUUCGUCGUACCCUCAUUGUUUGUGGUGUUUACGCCGCUCAGAACUUGACCGGCAACUUGAUCGCAAACCAGGCCGUCUACUUCUUCCAGCAAGCUCACGUCGGCGAGAACCUAGCUUUCGCUCUCGGUCUCAUCACCUCCGCCCUUCAGAUGAUCUUCGUCAUGCUUUCCUGGAUCCUCACCACCUACUUCGGCAGACGUUCCAUCUACCUGUGGGGUUCGGCUGUCAACACUGUCCUCCUCAUUGCUCUCGGAAUCGCUGCCUCGUUCGGCAUCUCGACCACCGCCAAUCUCGCUCAAGCUUCGCUUGGUCUUAUUGUUUCCGUUCUCUUCACCCUCGGUCCCGCUCCUGCGUCUUGGGUCAUCAUUGGUGAAACCUCGGCCAUUCGCCUCCGCCCUCUCACCACCGGUAUUGGUCGCGCUACCUACUACAUCAUCGAGAUCCCUUGCAUUUUCCUCGCCUCCUACAUGCUCAACCCCACCGGCGGUAACCUCGGUGGCAAGUGCGGUUACGUCUGGGGCGGCACCGGCCUGCUCUGUCUCAUCACUGCAUACUUCUUCCUUCCUGAGAUGAAGGGCAGAUCUUACCGUGAGAUCGACAUCAUGUUCAAGCGCAAGAUUCCCGCUCGUCACUGGAAGAAGACGGAGAUCGACGUUAAUGACGACGAGUAG